AAGAUACAAGAACAGUUCAAGAAAAAGCUUCCUUAGAAGAAAAUCAUGAAGAAGAAUCUUUAAAAUUCCGAUUUGAUUUGCUUUCUUCUAAACAUAAAUAUUUGAAAGGUCUACUAAUUAAAUAUUCUUCCCUUUUAUCUCAAGAACGUGAUAUAAAUGAAAAACUUGAAGGGACAAUCCGUCAGCUUAUAGAUGAUAUUUCAUUUAUUCGUUCUGUAGUGAAUAAUUCAAUAGUGGAAUCAGAACGAUUACGAAAACGCAAUAAGUUCCUUCAUGAUCAGUUGAUUGAAAAUGGAAAACUCUAUAAUUUUAAUGUGGAACUUGAACCUCUUAAUAUCAAUCCUACAG